AUGUCUACUAAGGUAGAAAAGCCUCCAAAGCAACCUCCCAAGACGCUUUCGUUGAAGCGCAGCUUUGGGAAACUCCCGCGACUUUCCAAAGAAAUGAUAUACGACAGUGUCCGGAACCAGCCUAUUCCACAGAUGCCGCUAGCUCUGGCACCCGCUGCACACGGUGCCUCUGUGGCGAAUGGUGCAAUCCCAGUGGACAACGACAAGCCGGCGUCCCCCACGUGGAGGAACUAUUUUCCAUUCUCCAGAAGGGGAUCAAAGGCGGAUCACGGUCCUGGGUCCUUGUUAGCCAUGGAUUCUCCACUUCCUUUAGCCGCUCUCGGGACUCAACCUCCAAAGGCGGGCUCACUCAGUGCCGGGACGUCAAAGACACUCAAAGAGCGAGCGCGCAGCUAUGCUGACCUCGCCUCACUCAGCCUCUUCGAUGAUACUCCCAGAGCGAUUCCUGGAGAUGAGUCCAAGAGAAGCGGUAAUCUACUCGAGGCUCUGUCUCUCCCUUUCCGUAAGCAUGCGACCAAGGGGUCUCAUCGAGCGCGAAGCAAGAGCGAUGCCACGAUAGCCACCGACGAUAGCCUUCCAGAGACUCCUCUUCAAACGCUUCAGCUCCUGGACCGACAUGAAUCAUCUCCCAUCCUCAAUAUUCGUGCCCAUCCAGGGGGCUUCGAUCACUACGUCCAGCGUUCCUCCCCUCUCGACCUCGAGUCACAUUACGUCGACGUUGCCCGGACACACGGCAACGUCGAGGGUUCCCCAGAGGCGAAGAAGAAUCGAUGCCUCCCACCAUUGAGUGAGAGCAUGAUCUCUCUACGCACAGUUGAAUCAGAAUUCGAUGGUCCCAACUAUUUCAUCCCUUGUAUGGGAUUAUCGUUCCCCCUCCCGCCAUCGUGCACGGAGGAAGACGUUACUGCUCUCUUCAGACUGGGCAUCGACGUUGAAGAUGCACAGGGGAGGCCAAUAUUUGCUCUUCCCAGGAUCUCUCCAGCGAGCAUGCCUCAGCCACUUCAAGAUCCCCAAGCCUAUGCGCGUAUGCGCGCCAUUACGUACAGUCCCAGCAUCAAAGGACCCAACAACAAAGGAGCGAAUCACUUCUAG